GAAUUGAGGUCGCUUAGUUUCCCUAUAAAAAGCGGUCGACACUAAGAAUACGAACUAAGAAACAUUAGGAMAGAAUCGACAACAGCGAAAAUCGARACUUCAAUACUCUUGUUCAAGAAAAAUCAACAAAGAUGACACGUUUCCUCAUAGUUGGUUUAUGCCUCUUAUUUUGUGUUAUUUCUGUUAYCGGACGUCCAAAAGCAGGGUGUUUCGACGUGUACCCUCACACCUGCAAGGAAUUCAAACAUUUUUGUAACUAUGAAUCUCCCAAUGGCCAAUUCAUGAAAAAAUAUUGCCCUAAGACCUGUGGUCGAUGCAAUUCAGUUUUCGGCGACGAGGAGUAUUACGACGAGGAGUAUUACUGAGAAAUCACUCCGAUACUCGCCGUGGUUUCCAGACACCUAGAAGACUUCAAUGACGCAGAAAAUUUAAAGUAACCAAGUUUCAGUCCUAAUGUAACACGCUGUUCAACCAGKUUUAUAGCUUUACUAUAAAGCAUGUAAUUGUUUAGUUUUUACAAAAAAAUUUAAAAUAAUAAAAUGUACAUGUGCA